AUGAAGGGAGCUGGAAGUUCGUCACAAUAUAUGGUAACAAAAAAUACGAAAUUCGAAGCUAAAUUAGCUCGAUAUUUAAUUUCUGAUCCUGGUGAUCAACUACUCGGUUAUGAUGCAUGUAUAGAAAAACAAGGAACUACUAUUAAUUAUCGUUUAAUUGUUUUGGGUCUUGAAUCAAUUUAUUUACCAGAUAAUCCACCAAAAAUUGCACAAUUAGAAAAACCAUAUAUCUAUUAUCGUGAUAUUCUUCGUGCUGAAAUGAUUGAUGAUUAUCCAAAUUUUCUAGCUGGAGCUGAACAAAAGAAUACAUUACAUAUGCGUUUACGUUUUAUUGAAUCAUCAAAUAAAAAUAAAAAACCUAAAAAGAAAAAACCAAAAUCAACAAGUGUUGACGAAAUGGAAACAAUACCAAGUUUAUUUGAUCGAUUUACUUUAGAAAAUAUUAAUAAUUAUAUGGAACCAAUAACUCCACGACGAACAGCAUCAAGUCGUGAACUUUAUCAAACACCAUUACCACAAUUAUCUGCUGCUAUUCCACUUGUUCUAACAUCAUCAUUAUCAACAACGACAACAACAAAUAAAACUGAUCAAUUACAUUUACCUCUUUAUCAACUUGAUGAUUUAUCAGCAUCAAAAACAUUUGAUACAUCAUUGGAAUUUAAAGAACGUCUUGAUGAAUUAAAUCUUAAUACGGAUCGUUCAAAUAUUCAACGUUUGUUGUUAACACCAAGGACAUUUUCUGAUGAACGCAGAACAAUGUUCAGAUCAAAAUCAGCUAAAUCAUUACCGAUAUCGAAAAAAAAGGCAAGUAAUGACUCCGAUUGGAAUACAGACACACCAAGACUUAAUCGCUAUGCAUUACAAGUACAUCAAGAUGAUCAUUAUGGUAUUUUACAUACCCCACGUAGUACACCACGUCAAACUCUAGAUGAUGAAUUGUUAUUAUUAACAAAUAGAUCAACAUUAACAGACUUAUCAUUCACAAGUAGUAUAAAUAGUAAUGCUACUAAUAAUGAACAUUCACCGGUUUAUUGUCCAUCAGUAGAAGAAGUGCGCAGUCUUCGAGAUGAUAUUGAUGAAAAUAUGAAAGAAAUAGAUAUAUAUUUUCUUAGUUUAACUUCAAAAAUUCCAGAAAUUUUAAGUUGUGCAUUAUGUAAUUACAUUGUUAUUUCAACAUUACGUUAUCAGAAUGAUCUUCAAUUAUCAACAUUAUCAACUAAUCGUCUUCACGAUUCAAUGGAAAUUACAAUGAUAAAAUUUUCUCAAUUAAAAAAUGAAAUUUUACAAUCAUAUAAUAAUACAAAUCAAUUAAUUAAAUUAACCGAUGAAUUAUAUAAUGCAUGUGAGAAAUAUUCAAAAGUCAAAGAACUUUUUUGGAAGGAUCCAGAUUUAUUUACAUAUUAUGUUGCACAAUUUCAAUCUUGUUCUCAAGAUAUAUCAAAUAAUGAUUUUGAUGAUGCUACAAUUGAUUUUUCUUGUUCAAUUUUGCAAUUAUUAAAUGAAGUUUUUUUAAAUACAUUUGCAUCAAAUGAACGUUUAGCACGUUUAACACAUGAUGACUGUUCACGAAUUCAAAAUCUUGUUAAUUGUCUUUUAAUACCUCCGAUUACUUUACUCUCAACACAAACGACAACAACAACAACAACAACAACAUCCGAUGAUUCAGGUGAAAAUGAAAGAUUACAAAAUGCAUACAAAAUAGUAUUAAAAUGGAUGUUUGGAUCAGGUACUCUAUUAUGGCAUAUUGGAAAUGUGCUUAGUCGACCAUCAUGGACAGCAAAAAGUUUUCGUUUUCGACACUUUAUUGAAUCAUUCGAAAAACAACAACAAAAAGAUGAAUAUUUUGAUUUAUUUAUUGAUGCAUUAUCACGAUUAAUAAUGAAUAAGGACAAUAAAGAUCCAUUUAGUCCAAAAAAUGCAUUAUAUGUCUAUCAAUUUUUUUCUAUAUUAUCAAUGUUAUUAAUUAAUUCAAAAAUGCUUUUUGAAUAUAUCCGUGAUCGAUAUGUUGAAGAUUUUAAAUAUUUUUUAAAAGAAGAUGUUAUACUUUCAAGAAUUCCUAUUCAAUAUCCUGUCUAUCGUUUUAUUCCAGAAUUAAUUCGUAGUGUUCAUCAUCGUAUAUUAUAUGGUGAACCAAAUUAUAAUUCAUUAAAUCGUCCAAAACAUCAUCAACUUAUUUAA